GUGUCCGUAGUUAACAAAUUUACAUUUUAAUUUUGUCGUCGAAAAUAAAACUUGUGGAAGGUGUGCCCAUUCCGGCAAUGAGCCUAGCCACAUUAGCUUCGUAACGGCUCACCGUAAAAGUUUUUUAAUCACCACUAAAAUCGUUACGUUUUUUCUCGUUGGUCCUUGCGUCAUAUACCAAGCAACACUGUCAACGUUACCCACGUGUAUUCAAAGUUCUUUAAACAACUACUAACCUCACACGACACAAACGUCUUAAUGUAAAUUAUAGAUCAAGAACCCCUAUUAACAAUUCACCUAAUCUCCCACUGCUGCCUAUUGGUUACACUUUUAACCUGCGAACAUUAUUUUACAGGAUUGGAUUCCUCCGACCAUGUAACCUUUAACAUUAAUUUAAAGGGCACAGUAGCUGUCAAACAGCUUUUUGUUUCAUUCUUUCCCCUCCCUGAGAUUGUGCUGUUUCUCUUACAUGUUCAAAUACUAUGUACCACCGCUGUGUGUAAAAUGUCUGCAAAGCAUCCCAGAAGUCAAACACAAAAAUCAGUUUGUAAUGUAACCACCCAGUUCCCAGUUGGAAAAUUGGUUGAAUGUUUUAGUAAAUUCAAUUUCCAGCCCCCACAAAUCCUACCAGUGACCCCGAAGUGUUAGGGGGAAGACUUUUUAAUGGUUUUGAUUGCAAAAUAUGAAGAAGGCCUGUCACAGCCAGAGGAUGGCGAACUGGAGGAGGGCGAGCUUGAAGAUGAUGGGGGCGAGGCGGAGAUGGGAGGAGACGCAUCUGCUGGCGGAGGAGGAGUUGCAGAAAUGGGCGAGGAAGCAGGCGGCGGUGAUGGCAGCGCAGCAGGGGACGCCGGUGGUGGCGGCGGCGAGCGUCCACCACGAAGCCGGGAGCGCCACGCUAGCAGCAAUUCGGAUGAGGAGCGCUCGCACCGGCGCAAACGGAAGAGGAAGAAGGAGCGGGAACGUGAGCGGGAGAAGAGGCGCACAAAGAAGAAACGCAAGUCCAAACACAAACGUCACGCUUCAUCCGACGACGACUUCUCGGACUUCAGCGAUGAUUCUGACUACUCUCCCAGUGAGAAGAGGAAGUACAGAGAGUUCAGUCCCCAGUAUCCUCCCACUUCGCACGGUGGCUACGGCGGGUCCAAGAAGGGCAGCUACAUGAAGAUGGACAAGCAGGGCUACGGCGGCUAUGACGACUACGAGGAAGACAACUAUGAAGGAGAGGUGCAGCAAGACAUGGGCGGUGAGGAGUACGACGACUUCACCAAGGAGCUCAACAUGUAUCGCAAGGCCAAGGAGGGAGGACGUGGAGGACGAGGAGGACGUGGUCGCAUGAGGAACAUGAGGGGACGCGGUGGAAUGAGAGGCGGGCGGCGAGGAGGACGAGGAGGCAGCCGAGGAAGAGGAGGACGAGGCGGAAAGAUGGGAGACGGUGAUGGAGAUGGUUAUGGGGAAGAAAUGGAGUAUGACGAUGAUUAUGACAACAUUGGGGAAGAUGAUUAUGACGACUAUCAGUACAAAAGGCCCAAAGACAGAGGGAGAGGGAGAGGCGGCCGUGGUAGAGGUCGAGGCAAGGGAGGGCGCGGCAUGAUCAGAGGAGGCAAAAUGAGGAGCCGAGGACGAGGACGAGGAGACAUGAGCCAUGACGAUGACAACAACGGAGACGUGGACUACGGGGAUGGAGGAGGCGAUACUGGAUCAGGAAUGGGCAAGAGGAGUCAGAACGAGAAGUACCAAGAUAAAAAAGGAAAAGCCAUCUGCAAGUAUUACAUGGAAAACAGAUGCACCUGGGAGGAAUACUGCAACUUUAGUCACGACAUCGAGUUGCCCAAGAACAAAGAGCUGUGCAAGUUUUACAUCACUGGUUACUGUGCUCGAGCCAACCACUGCCCUUAUAUGCAUGGUGAAUUCCCCUGCAAGCUGUUCCACACUACGGGCAACUGUGUCAAUGGCAAUGAGUGCAUGUUCUCCCACGAAAGCCUCAACGACGACACCAAGGAGCUGCUCAACAAGAUGCUGGCUGAGGACGCAGAGGCCGGGGCAGAGGAUGAGAAGGAGGUGGAAGAGCUGAAGAAGCAGGGGAUCAACCCUCUGCCCAAGCCCCCACCUGGAGUGGGUCUACUGCCCACUCCUCCUCGUCCGGCACCCAUCGAAGCCAACGCUGGGGCGGGGGAUUUCGGAUGUCCAGCAGCCGGUGACUUUGGGGGCAUCCCACCCGCCAACCAGGUGCCCGUUCCUGCUAUGGCUCCCCCAGGUGGGCCUGGGAUGGUCCCUUCUCCAAAUUCCUGUGCUGGUGGUCCUCCUGUACAAAAUCCAGAGGGAGCUCCAUUCCAAGCAGCAGCCCUGAACCCCAGUGGACAACCCCCGCCUGCUGGUGGUGGAGGGUGUGCCGGGAAGAAGAUUCCUUCCUUGUUUGAGAUCAAAGUGCAACCAACCGGACAGCUGGCUCAUAAACUGGCUGUUCACCAGGUACCCAGCAACACCCAGGGAGCAACCCCAGCACCUGGUGCACCUGGAGCACCACCAACCUGCUUCCCCACAGAGAACAUGGGCACCUUUGCAUCUGGUGAUUGCCCUCCUCAUGGGGGCGCUAAUCAACCUCCUCAGGCUGGGGGGAACUACUUCAACACAUUCUUCAAUCAAGAUGGAAUGAAGAUGGAAGGAGUGGUGGAAGAGGGCGACGACUACCAAGGAGGUGCUGGCAAGUUAAGUUGCCAGGAGGAUUCCACCAACGGAGCAAGUCAGGGAGGAGUAUCCGUCUCAGACCUCCUCCCUCCGGCACAGCGUGUCCUUUUCAUGAGAAUCCAACAGAAGCAACAGGAGGAGGAUGACCGAGCCCGCCGCAUGGAUGGCGGGGCAGAGAAGAGCAGAGACACUGAAGGUGACUCUGGCAACUGGUACUCCAGUGAGGAUGAGGACGGUGGUGGCAGCGUGACGUCCAUCCUGAAGACACUACGGCAACAGACGCAGGCUCCUCCAAAAUCAGAUGCGCCGAGUGACCCUCGCCUCCAAAAGACCACCAUCCCCCCAAGUCGCCCCGCUGACCCGCGCCUUCCUCGGGACCCGCGCCUAGCCCGUGGCGCCGGACCUGACCUGGCACCGCCUGUUUCCUCGUCGGGUCCACCGGCAGACCCGCGGCUCGCCCGACUGUCUGCCAUCUCGGCCGGGUCUGCUGCCCACCAACCGGCUGCCCCCAAAGUGGAGCAACCUCUGAUAUACAAACCUCCACCGCUCACUGCGCCGGCAGCAGAGGAGGAGGAGACAGAGCGAGUCCUGCGGGACAAGCCGGUCCCGAUCCCUCUCGAUCCCUUGAUGGGAAUGGCUCUGAGGGACCCCCGUUCCCAGCUGCAGCAGUUCAGCCACAUCAAGAAGGAUAUCGUUCUCCACAUGCCCACUUUCUCCAAAACCAUCACCUGGUCCCCCGAAGAUCUCCUCCCAAUCCCAGUCCCCAAACAAGACCUACUUCCUCUCCCCCCAGGCAUUCUUCCAGUCCCAUCCCUUGACCCACGUCUGUCCCGCAUCGUCCAUCCCCACUCGCAGUCUCCUCCCAUAGCGGCACCCACUUCCUCUGAACCCCCGGCCUCCUCCUCCUCCUCGUCCUCACUCCCGGACUUGGAGUUGCUGUCUCGCAUCCUGAAGACAGUCAGCUCCAGUCCUUCCCAGUCCUCGUCCCCUCCGCCAGCGCCCACCCCCGCACCCCCGCUGGCUCUGUUGGCUCAACCCUCCCCCCUUCCAUCCACCCCCUCAGAAAAGCCUGUCGACCCCCGCAUGGCACGGAAAGGUCUCACGGACCCCCGCAUCCAGCCGCAGAAGUCAGCCCUCAAGCAGCCGUCGGAACCUCCGCCCGCCUCUGCUGAGUCGUCUUCCUCUACCGGGUCCACAUCCUGCUCCUCGCCCCCCACCAUCGCUCCCUAUGAUCCAAGGGUCCUUUCCUCUGGCGGGACAGGGCGCAGUGCAGCAUCCGGCGCACCAGGGGGCGCCAACGUACUGAGCAGCAUCAGUCUGUAUGACCCUCGGACUAACAAACCAGGAAGCCCUAGUACUGUGGAAGGCCCCAACAAUUCCCCCAACUCGGAGUCCCGACAGAGUGAGCCCUCAACCGGCAAACCCAAACCAAAGGAGCCCUUGUUUGUCCGCAAAUCUGCACUGGAGCAACCGGAGCCAGAGAAAAGCGGCGAGCAGGGCACCGACCGGUACAACAGCUACAACCGACCCCGACCCAAACCUACACCCUCACCCAACUCCGCUGCACAGGGAGGGCCCCCCGCGGGAGGUUCUGCCACUGCUGGACCCCUGGUGGAACAGGUGCCCGCCGGUGUCCACAACCUGCCCGUGUCCACCCUCUUUGGUGUGGUCAAGCAGGCAGGCAAGCCCGGUGGGACCAGCAGCCCGUUUGGGGGGAGCAGCCCGGCCCAGGCAGAGCAGCCCACUGCGGAGCAGGACAAUGGGUCACUCAAGGAAGUUUUCAAGGGCUUUGAUCCCACCGCGUCACCCUUCUGUCAGUGAUGCCAAUCAACUGCUGACAUGUUGUUGAUCCGACAUGGACACACGCUAUGAGUGCGAAAAAAUUUGGGAUGUGGGAGAGUUAAAUGUCUAUUUUAAACAGAGGAAUUGUUGUAUAAUUGUGGACAGAACAGACAACAUUUUAGCCUCCGCUCAUUACCUCACUUGUCUCACCUCCAACCAAUGCAUUGAAUUAUGAUGGAAUCUGAAUUUUCAUGAUUUAUGUUUUGUUCUUAUGAUUAACUCAGCAGCACCACUGCCCAUCGACCCAUACCCAGCUUUGUUUCCAUUUUUGAAUAUUUAUUUUUCUACUUCUGUGCACUGUACUCCCAUGGAGGACCCUGUUUUUAAUGCCUCGCACCGUUUCAGUAAGGUAGUCGCUUCUUCUCGUUACCCCCAGUCCUGUUGCUCCCUUUGCUGAAGAAGAGAAAUCAAUAGAUUGGCAGUGGGAGCGUCCAUGUUGGGUCACUAGCGUUCUUCAUGGCGACGUGACAAUCACAAAUGUUUAACUGCUUCUCGCCAUUGAAAACACAAUGAAGUUCUCUCUGGAGACAUGAGUUUUGAGACCAACUCCAUCAAACAGGACCCUUUUUUGUAAAAUAAAUAAAUACAGUUUCCUUUUAAUUUAUUUUUAUACUUAAAACAUACUUCUACAUACUUACCAUUUGUUGUUUUAACAAAGAAUUUUCUAUUAGGUUCUGUCGUUCAAUUUUUUUUUUUCUGGUUUGGCUUUGUAAAUUUGCUUUUAUUUCUUGGCAAUAACAACAAUAUCCAUUUGAGCUGUUUCUUGUCCAUUAUAAUGGGGCGGUGAACUUUUCUAACUGUUCACCAUUGGUGAAUAUUUGAAUAAAGACACCAACCAGAUUCAAUGCA